CGUUGAUUUCAAAUCUAAAAUCAACCUCCAAUGAUCCAAUCCGUAGUCUCGCGGGGCUCAGCGAAGAAGCUUAGGAGCAGAUCAGCCUGAAGUAAUUGCACCUGCUACAAUGUCUCAACGCACAAAAAUCAUUAAAUCUUCCGACGAUAGCGACACAAAAAACUCGGCGCAGAAACUUAAGGAGCUUGAGGUUACUGUCCCAAUCGUGUAUGGAAAUAUUGCGUUUUGGCUUGGUAAGAAGGCAAGCGAGUAUCAGUCUCAUAAAUGGACAGUUUAUGUCCGGGGGGCAACAAAUGAAGAUGUUAGCGUGGUUAUAAAACGAGCAGUUUUCCAGCUGCACUCGAGUUUUAAUAACCCAACAAGGGUGCUGGAUGCUCCUCCCUUUGAGCUGUCUGAGUGUGGAUGGGGUGAAUUUGAGAUUGCUAUUACUCUUUUUUUCCACAAUGAUGUUUGUGACAAGCCAUUGCACUUGUUCCACCAUCUAAAGCUAUAUCCAGAGGACGAGUCUGGUCCUCUUUCCACAAAGAAACCUAUCAUUGUUGAAUCAUAUGACGAAAUUGUUUUAGCCAAACCUUCUGAAGCUUUCCUCGCUCGGGUGCAGAACCAUCCGGCAUUAAUUGCGCCCAGACUACCUGCGGACAUGGCUUUACCUUCCGCGGCACCAGCAGAAGUUGUUGAUAGAAAAAAGAGAGGUGACACCAAGGAUAAUCCCCUAAGCCAAUGGUUCACUAAUUUUUCUGAGGCAGAUGAGCUUCUAAAACUAACAGCGGCUCGACAGCAGGUACAAGGCCAUAUUGCAAGGCUUCGGAGGCAAUUGAGCAUGAUAAAUGGGCAGCAUCAGCAGCUGAAAUCUGCAACGGAGUUUUGAAAUAUAGGCCCUGUUUGGUAAAUGGCAUUUUGCUCAGCAUUUGGCUUUUUUGACCACAAAUGGCGGAUUGAAAUGGUCAAACCGCCAAAUUAAUUGUUUGGAUGAUAGCAUUUGGAAUUGGCAUUUGGAACCCAACUGCCAAAAUUGAAACGCCAUCCCUAGGAGCGUUUCAUUCGGAAGAUCAGCAAUUUUCCGUCUCUUACCCUUCUUUUUUUUCGGUUUUCAAGCCAUCUGCGAUAGAAACGAUAGAAGUUCUCUGCAAUUUUCUUCACGGCUCUCUGCGAUUUUCUUCACGGUACAGAACCGGAAGUUUGCCUCUCUUUCUCUCUACGAUUUCCCUCUAGGCACCAGAUUAUGGCUCCUUGUCAUAACAAAAACAUCCAAGGAUCUCAAAGUGAGAAUGAAAACACCAAUGACAACAAAGGUGGAAGGAUUAUUUGGUCAAAAGAAUCGGUUUACAUCCUUUGUGAUCUUUGUAUUAAACACGUUGAAAAGAGUAAGGGGAAAAAUGGUGGUGUUACUUCUCAAAGGUUAAAUUGGAAGAAGAUUGAAUGUGAUUUCCAAAAAGAAGCUAAGCUAUCUUGGGAUAAACCGAAGUUGAAAUCUAAGAUUGAUUGGUUGAGAGCAAUAACUAUUCCUGAAGACGAGCAAUUACGUUAUAGAGGAAGGAAGGGAAUACCAACUACGAAUGUAUUAGCAGUGUGUGACUUUGAUAUGUUAUUCACAUACGUUUUAAGCGGUUGGGAGGGAUCGGCACACGACUCCCGAAUUUUCCUUGACACUAUCAACAAUGCAAGUCUCAAUUUUCCACAUCCACCUCAAGGUAAGUAUUAUUUGGUGGAUAAAGGAUUCCCAGAAAGAGUUGGAUAUUUAACUCCAUACCCAAAAGUAAGGUACCAUCAAUCUGAGUUUCGUGGUGCAAAUCCAAGAGGUAGUCAAGAAGUUUUCAAUAAAGCGCAUUCAUCAUUAAGAAGUUGCAUUGAGAGAGCUUUUGGUGUUCUUAAAGCUCGGUGGAAGAUAUUGCAAAUAAUGCCAAGAUAUUCAUUAAUGGAUCAAAACAAGAUUAUUUGUUUGUGUUUUGCUUUGCACAACUAUAUUCGAAAGAGCACAAUUGGUGACCCGACUUUUCAAUUGGUUGAUGAUGACCCUGAUUUUGUACCCGUAGAUGUGUUUGAAGAUGUUGAAAACCAAGUUGCAAAUAAUGAGAUGGGGAUAAGAAGUCAGGAAAUGAGAAAGAUCCGUAAUAAUAUUACUUCUAGUUU